AUGAAACUAAGCCUAGAUGGAGAUGACCAAACAAACACCGAAGAGCUUGAGAAACUGGGAAUGAAGAACAAAGAAGGAAAGGAAUCUUCCAGGAGCAGCCAGGGUUUCCUAAAUCUGGAGCAGGAGCGGGCUGGGGAGCGGCGGGCGGGCUCUGCCCCAGCCCCCCGGGACCCCAGGGCAGGGCGAGCCCCGCCACCUCCCGGCCACCCACACCUCCCGGAGCCCAGCCGGAGCCCGCAACCCCCGCCCCGACGGUCCUCGGGGGAGGCCGUGGGUGGCAGCACCGCCCGCAGGGACCCGACAGUGCCGUCCUGCCCUCAGCCGCGCUAUCCGGGCCCGCUCCGGCCGCCCCGUCCUGCCCCCAGCCGCGCUAUCCGGGCCCGCUCCGGCCGCCCCGUCCUGCCCUCAGCCGCCCCGUCCUGCCCUCAGCCGCGCUAUCCGGGCCCGCUCCGGCCGCCCCGUCCUGCCCCCAGCCGCGCUAUCCGGGCCCGCUCCGGCCGCCCCGUCCUGCCCUCAGCCGCCCCGUCCUGCCCUCAGCCGCGCUAUCCGGGCCCGCUCCGGCCGCCCCGUCCUGCCCCCAGCCGCGCUAUCCGGGCCCGCUCCGGCCGCCCCGUCCUGCCCUCAGCCGCCCCGUCCUGCCCUCAGCCGCGCUAUCCGGGCCCGCUCCGGCCGCCCCGUCCUGCCCCCAGCCGCGCUAUCCGGGCCCGCUCCGGCCGCCCCGUCCUGCCCUCAGCCGCCCCGUCCUGCCCUCAGCCGCGCUAUCCGGGCCCGCUCCGGCCGCCCCGUCCUGCCCCCAGCCGCGCUAUCCGGGCCCGCUCCGGCCGCCCCGUCCUGCCCUCAGCCGCCCCGUCCUGCCCUCAGCCGCGCUAUCCGGGCCCGCUCCGGCCGCCCCGUCCUGCCCCCAGCCGCGCUAUCCGGGCCCGCUCCGGCCGCCCCGUCCUGCCCUCAGCCGCCCCGUCCUGCCCUCAGCCGCGCUAUCCGGGCCCGCUCCGGCCGCCCCGUCCUGCCCCCAGCCGCGCUAUCCGGGCCCGCUCCGGCCGCCCCGUCCUGCCCUCAGCCGCCCCGUCCUGCCCUCAGCCGCGCUAUCCGGGCCCGCUCCGGCCGCCCCGUCCUGCCCCCAGCCGCGCUAUCCGGGCCCGCUCCGGCCGCCCCGUCCUGCCCUCAGCCGCCCCGUCCUGCCCUCAGCCGCGCUAUCCGGGCCCGCUCCGGCCGCCCCGUCCUGCCCUCAGCCGCCCCGUCCUGCCCUCAGCCGCGCUAUCCGGGCCCGCUCCGGCCGCCCCGUCCUGCCCUCAGCCGCCCCGUCCUGCCCUCAGCCGCGCUAUCCGGGCCCGCUCCGGCCGCCCCGUCCUGCCCUCAGCCGCCCCGUCCUGCCCUCAGCCGCGCUAUCCGGGCCCGCUCCGGCCGCCCCGUCCUGCCCUCAGCCGCCCCGUCCUGCCCUCAGCCGCGCUAUCCGGGCCCGCUCCGGCCGCCCCGUCCUGCCCUCAGCCGCCCCGUCCUGCCCUCAGCCGCGCUAUCCGGGCCCGCUCCGGCCGCCCCGUCCUGCCCUCAGCCGCCCCGUCCUGCCCUCAGCCGCGCUAUCCGGGCCCGCUCCGGCCGCCCCGUCCUGCCCUCAGCCGCCCCGUCCUGCCCUCAGCCGCGCUAUCCGGGCCCGCUCCGGCCGCCCCGUCCUGCCCUCAGCCGCCCCGUCCUGCCCUCAGCCGCGCUAUCCGGGCCCGCUCCGGCCGCCCCGUCCUGCCCUCAGCCGCCCCGUCCUGCCCUCAGCCGCGCUAUCCGGGCCCGCUCCGGCCGCCCCGUCCUGCCCUCAGCCGCCCCGUCCUGCCCUCAGCCGCGCUAUCCGGGCCCGCUCCGGCCGCCCCGUCCUGCCCUCAGCCGCCCCGUCCUGCCCUCAGCCGCGCUAUCCGGGCCCGCUCCGGCCGCCCCGUCCUGCCCUCAGCCGCCCCCUCGGGCGAGCGAGUGCCCGCGCCCUCCUGCCGUGCCUGGGCACACCUGUCCCUAGAACAAGUGUCAUGCACCCACGGCAGCAAUGGAAGAGCAAAAGUAUGA